AUGUCACAAUUAUUUGAAUGGGCAUUUGGUAAAAAGUUGACACCACAAGAGCGACUUCGGAAAAACCAACGUGCUCUUGAAAAGACCCAACGAGAAUUAUCACGAGAAAUAACUAAACUUCAACAACAAGAAAAGAAAUUGAUAUCAGAUAUUAAGAAAUCAGCUAAACUGGGACAAAUAUCAAGUGCCAAAAUUCAAGCUAAAGAUUUAAUUAGAACAAAAUCAUAUGUGUCAAAAUUCACUUCAAUGAAAACUCAAUUACAAGCCAUUUCAUUACGGAUUCAAAGUGUUCGAUCUAAUCAACAAAUGGCCAUGUCGAUGAGAGAUGCGACUAGAGUAUUAGGAGGAAUGAAUCGAUCAAUGAAUUUGCCUCAGUUAUCGAGAAUAGCUCAAGAGUUUGCUAAAGAAAGUGAUAUGAUGGAUCAGAAGCAAGAAUUUAUGGAUGAUGCUAUUGAUGAUGCCAUGGCCAUGGAUGAAGAUGAAUUGGGUGAGGAAGAACAAGUUGAUGAGAUAUUAAGUAAAGUAUUGGACGAAAUUGGGGUUGAUCUAAAUACUAUUUUGAAAGAUACUCCAACUGGUAUAAAUGCUGGAGGCAUUGAACAAGCUGAUAAGGCAAGAGUAGCUGAAGCUGUGGGUGCAAAUGGUGCCAGCUUUCAUGAUGCUGAUGAAGACGAUUUACAAGCACGAUUAGAUAGUUUGAAAAAAUAA